CGUGAUUUGCCGUGAUACCGAUCCGUGCAUUGGUCAGCGGCAGCAAGCGGCAUUGACUGUUGGCUCAUGAUUAGCUGUCAUCUGAAAUAGGUUCUUUUUGUUGUUUAGAGUGAUGUGAUAACCCUUUACACUAUUUUAAGAGGCAUUUGGAAAUUCGUGUUGACGGCCCAGAGUCCGCGAAUUUCCAGCAUUUCAUUCGAACGAUAUUGCAUUGCUUCAACCAUCGUUAAACUGAAUACAAUUGUAAUUUUUUAUUCAAUAUGACGGAAACACACAGUUUUGGUGUCAGCCCCAUAACCUGCCAUGCGUGGAACAAAGAUAGAACGCAGUUGGCAUUAUCACCAAACAACAACGAAGUCCAUAUAUAUCAGCGAUCUUCCAACGGAUGGAAGUUGCUGGAUAUUUUGAAUCAACAUGAUCUACGGGUUAUGGGCAUUGAUUGGGCCCCAAAUACUAACCGUAUUGUAACUUGUGCGGUUGAUAGAAAUGCCUAUGUAUGGACUCAGGGAGACGAUGGAAAGUGGAAACCCACUUUGGUUUUACUCAGAAUUAAUAGAGCCGCUACUUGUGUCAAAUGGUCACCACUAGAAAACAAGUUUGCUGUUGGUUCUGGUGCAAGAUUGAUCUCUGUGUGCUAUUUUGAGGAAGAAAAUGAUUGGUGGGUGUCUAAGCAUAUCAAAAGACCAUUGAGAUCAACAGUUACUGCACUAGACUGGCAUCCCAAUAAUUUGUUAUUGGUUGCUGGAUCAGCUGAUUACAAAGUCCGGGUAUUUAGCGCUUAUGUUAAAGAUAUUGAAGAAGCCCCACAACCUGGUCCUUGGGGAACAAAGUCAAGUUUGGGAACUGCAUUGGCCGAAUUUCCAAACUCUCCAAAUGGAGGUGGAUGGGUACACUCUGUUGCCUUUAGUCAAUGCGGUAACAAAGUGUGUUGGAUUGGUCAUGACUCAUCCGUUUGUGUUGCUGAUGCUUCCAAAGGCAACACAGUUACACGCUUACGCACAGAGCAUCUUCCAUUUUUAAGCUGCAUUUGGGUUGGGCCGAAUUCCAUCGUGGCUGCAGGACAUAGUUGUUCUCCUAUGCUCUACGCCUUGGAUGAUAACGGCCAAUUAUAUUUUGCAUCAAAACUGGAUAAUACUCAAAGAAAAGAAGCCGGUGGACUUUCGGCUAUGCGAAAAUUUCAAUCGCUUGAUCGCCAAGCACGCAUAGAAACAACAGACACUGCCCUGGAUAGUAUUCACCAGAAUGCAAUUACUUGUGUACGAAAACUACGAGAAGACAAAUUUAGUACAAGUGGGUUAGACGGACAAUUGGUCAUUUGGGAUCUGAAGACACUGGAGAAUUCGAUUGCCGGUCUCAAAAUUGUUUGAAUUAUUGGAAUUCAGUGAGCUGAUAACAUCAAUUUGGUGUAUAAAUUUGAAAUAAAAUGUUCUUUAAUUUA